UUCAGAAAUAUGAACAACUAAUAAUUCACAGAGAAAAAAAGUAUAAUGAAAUAGUUGAUUAAAAGUAAAAGUCGUACAAAAAUAGACAAGAAACAGUAUAAAUUAAGAGCAAUAGUUAAGAUCACUGAUGAUGACCCAAUUUGAUUGCGAAAUAAUAUUGUAUAAAAUGAACUUCUAAUCAAUUUAAUCAAACAAUUUGAACCAAAACUGCAAAAUUCAAGCAAUAUGCGUCGACUGAAAGCAAGAUAAAUGAACUCGCAUCAACUGCUUUUGAAACAAUUUAAAAUUUUAAUAUAAUCUCACCAAAAACAAGUUGAAAAUUUCGCUUCCAAGUCUUGCCAUAAACUACACACUAGAUGGCGCAUCAAAACAGCCAGAAUAAACAAAAUAAUCAAUUUUUAAAUACAAAUUGUGAGUUGAUAAAUUGAUUAAGGGAUAAAAGUAAACAAAAAUAAAAGUGUUAAAAACCUCUUAAAAAACAAUUGAAGUACUUUUGACCGUUUAUUUGUGCAAACAAUGCCAAAAAACUAAUCUAAACUUACAAACCGUAAAUCCCUAGUAGAAUGUGUAAACAUAGUAUAAACAAUCUAUAGCAUCCAUCUAAUGGUGUCCCGUGUCGGCGGGACAUAUACUAAAAUUGGAACGAUACAGAGAAGAUUAGCAUGGCCCCUGCGCAAGGAUGACACGCAAAAUCGUGAAGCGUUCCACAUUUUUUUUAUGAAUCGAGUUUUGAGCGAAAAUUCGCAGGUUGAGUUUGAUCUUAUAAUGUUAAAGUUGGGAAAGGAAAGAUUACUUGGUUUUUUGUCCCUUCCUUGUUUCUCAUAGUAACAAGUUAUUAACCCAAACAAACAAAAAUCCCAAUUUUCAAUUAUUGGUGCAUUCGAGGCUGUAUUUUAUGUCGAGUGAUUGCUUUUAUUGAUAUCAAGAUUUAAUUUAUCUAAUUUAUCAUGAGUCGUUUUCGUAAUCAAGAAUCCAUGAUGGAACGUAUCACUAACCUGGAGACUCAUUUGAGAGAGAUUUGCUACAAUUUGGCUUCUUACAGUCGUAAAAUUGCCAAAACCCGUGAUGAAGGCGAUUUACUAGCCAGUAGCAUUACCAAAUUUGCUGAAGAGGAAAAUGUCAAUUCAAGUUUGAGAUAUGCAUUGACACAUUUUGCUGAUUGCUUCAGUGCUAUUCAAGAUCAACGAAAUACUGAGGUUUUUCAAUUAGAAGGAAGAAUCAUUCAAGAAAUGAGUGUCUAUGGCGAACUUUGCAAAAAAGCGAAGGAGGAAACUCGUAAAGGUCUACUUGCGAAGACCAAAGCAGGAGACAUUGCUCGAAGUAGCAGCAUCAAUGAAAUUCAUAAUGCAGUCAAAAUGUAUGAAUUUCAAAUUGACAGAUUCGAGCAGAGAAAAUUAUCUGACCUCAAAAAAUACUUCAAGGAAUUGAUUCAAAUCGAGAUGUACUUUCAUGCCAAAAGCGUUGAAAUUUUAACGAAAGCGUACAAAGAAAUGGUUGAUGUGGACGAAAAAUCAGACCUUAAUUCAUUUAGAAACUACUUUGGAAUUAAACGAACACAAUCACCAAUCAAGGAUAAUCGCUUAAGAGGAACAAAGAUAGGAUCUAGUAAAAUGGCAACUUCUUUAAGAAGAUUCAGCUCAUCACCCGAAGUGUCAUCGGAAAAAACGCAAACUUCCAAUGUUAAAUCUAAAAGCGACUCAUCGGAAAGUGAAGAUGAGGAUGAAAUUACUGCAGAAGAUUAUCAAAAUGAACGUUUUCACCAGUGA